AUGGAACUACGAGGCGGAAAAUCGAUAUUUAUGAAGAAAUUACACCCAAAAUAUGCUAUUGGAAUUCCAACCGACUCAGGAGUAUAUUCUAUGGACAGACCUCCAAAAGGACUUUUACUUGAUCCGGCUACCCAAUACAGUGUUACACCUUCUCCUUCCCACGAAUAUUUCAAAAUCAGAAAGAGCAGAGCAAAUUCAGUAAUCCUUAGGACGAAUAAAUUUGGAGAAUGGAUGGACAAUUUUGCUCAAGGAAUCCGAGAGCAUGUGAAAUUAGGACCCAAAUUAACAGAAACUUUGAAAGGGAAGUUGAGGCUGGGGGCAAGAAUCCUUCAAGUAGGUGGCCUGGAUAAAGUUUUCAAGCAGAACUUCAGUGUUAGCAAUGGUGAAAAGCUUUUAAAGGCUUCUCAAUGCUAUUUAUCGACCACAGCUGGGCCGAUCGCAGGCCUCCUGUUUAUUUCCACUGAUAAAGUUGCCUUCUGCAGUGAGAGAUCAAUUAAACUCUCUUCUCCAACUGGAAAACAGCUUAAAAUACAUUACAAGGUCACGAUCCCACUAGCGAAAAUAAAGAGAACCAAUGAAAGUGAAAAUGCAGAAAAACCAACGCAAAAGUACGUGCAGAUAGUUACAGAGGAUAAGUUCCAGUUCUGGUUCAUGGGUUUUCUAAAUCAUCGAAAGGCUUUCAAGAAUCUGCUGCAGGCAACCUCUCAAACUCCAUCAAUAGCAGCUAUUGAUGCAUGGAUGAUCUCCCCAUAA